UGCAGCUACAAUAGCCCCUUCAAGAAACCCCAAAAGUGUCAGCCAAAAAAAAAGAAACACAGAAAGUUAACGCAACGGUGUCUGAUGAAGCAGUAGCCAGAGGAUGAUCGAGGACGUCGUCGACCAUCCUAAUUGGUCAUCUUCCCUUUGCUGCAGCUAAUGAAAACCCAGAAUGAACGGCCGUAUCAACGGUGGAGUCGUGGCACAUAUAGAUCGUCGACUGACUUUCGAUCAGUGGUUACGAGUAGACCUGAUCCUCUGGGACUCUCAUAACAACAAUGGUGAGCAAUAUUAUCUUGGAGUGGGAGACGACUUCAGGGCGGUUUUCAGGCCCAUUGUAAAGCAUUUACAAAAGCUACAUGAUAAAGGCCAAUUCAACGGCAACCUUAGAGCAUCUAUCCGGAUCCGUUCACAAAUUGUUGGAAAUAACCCUGGACGUCGAAUCUUUGAAGUAGAGUUCACUGGAGAUAUGAAUUUUGGAGGUGAUAAUUUCGAAAAUGGUUUAAGGAGGGAUUUGCAAGAUCUUGAACAUCUUGUCAGAUCAGCGACAGCAGGAAUGCCAGAGAGGAAUCGGCCUGAUUCGUUGAAGCUUUAUCUUCUUCCAUCUUUUCGGAGAUAUGUUUUCCAAGGAAACAUAAGGGAGGAAGGUCGUUACUUUAUCUACUUCAACCCUCUGUUUUACGAUGGUGCUGACAGGAAUCGUCUAUACCAUAAAGUAUGGGAACUGCGACGUAGAAGUGACGCUGUGUUUCAGCGUCAUGUGACCCUGGCUAGUCAAGAAACUUCAAUGAUUGACUGGUACCGUAGGAUUCCAUACAACUUUGACAUUCCGAUGCUGUAUCAACACCCGCUCUGGCAUGUUUAUAGUAAUAGAUCCUCCCCCCAUUCCACAUAUGCAACAACUCCUAGUAUAAUUCGGUACUUGAGAAAUGCCACCCAUCACUACCAAGAUUAUUCAGUUGGAGCAUUAUCAUCACAGGUCAAUGACCAGCUAUAUAGAUUGUUCCCGGAUGCAUGUCCCAAAAUCUUCUUUGAGAUAGUGAAAAAUUUUCGAGGCGAAAAUGGACGCAGAUACUUUGGGAUCGAUUUGGUGACUUUUCUAAAAGAUGGGCCGUUUGGUUUCACCUAAUGAAAUGAUGUUUUUUUAUGCAGAAAAGUUAUAUCUUCUUUGAUUGUGGGUAGGAGGAGGGAAAAAUUGAAACUGGGGAUCUCUACCAAUGCUAUGGUGAGAAAAAUACCUUUUUUUUCUAUCUAUCCAAGAAAAAAUCACUCGGCCACCAUUUUUCUAUCUAUUCAAGAAAAAUACCUAAUUUACCUAAUUAGGUCAGUCUAGUGGAAGCAUGCUAGGCUGCAAGUAGGGCUUCACCUGUUAAUAAGAGGUCCCUGGUUCGAACCCCAGAUUGUGAAAAACAUUCCUUAGGGAGGGGCCAUAGCCAAGUUACUCCCGGCCCCGGAGUGGUAGCUCACUCGGUCACAAUUUUUCUAUCUAUCCAAGAAAAAUACCUAAUUCCCUGGAACAAUUGCAAGUUUUGCAGAAAAAGUUAAUUUGAAUUGGAAGUUAGUCAAGCUUGCACUAAAUUCUGUUGUUUGAGAGUGCUUAUA